CCCGCCAAAGUUACCCGGAAAAUCAUUAGUUUCCAGCCAGAAAACCAGAAUGAUCAAUUUCCGGCAACCCACUAGCUUUAGAUUCUCUCUCUUCACCAUUAUUCUUCUCACCUUCUUCUCCCUUCUACUCUUUUUGAGUGCUUUCUCCAACUUCUCUCUCAUCCAUUUUCCAGUUGGCUUGAAUAUAUUGCCUGAAAGUUCAGUCCGGCAACCGAGACUUCACUUUCCUAUACUUCUCUCUAUAGAGAAGGAGACCCAUGUUCCCCUUAUCAAAGGCUCUGACCAUUUUCUCUCACCUCUAAAUGUGUCUCAAGAAGAGAGAAUGCUUUGGUUCAAAGAGAACCAAUUCAGGUUUAAGAUCAUUCAAGAUAGCCCCAUAUCGAAAAGGUUCUCUCUUCGAGCUCGAAAGUUCUUCGGCGUCGGUUGCGAGCUCCGGUUUUUCAUGACAUGGAUUUCACCUGCGAAAGCUUUUGGUCACAGAGAGUUUCUCUCUCUAGAGAGUUUGUUCAAAGCCCACGACAAGGCUUGCUUACUCAUUGUCUCUCAAAGCAUGGACUCCAGGCAUGGAAAGCUGAUUCUAAGACCAUUUAGAGAGAUGGAUUUUCGAGUUCUCGCCGUAACACCUGAUCUACCAUUUCUCUUUCGAAACACACCGGCUGAAACCUGGUUCGAUGAUUUGAAGGGAGGAAAAAUUGAUCCCGGAGAGAUACCUUUUGCUCAAAACUUAUCGAAUUUGCUCAGGCUUUCGGUUCUCUACAAAUUCGGGGGGAUUUAUUUAGACACAGAUGUUAUAGUCAUGAAGAAAUUCUCGAAUCUUAGAAACUCCAUUGGAGCUCAGACCAUGAGCUUGGAGCCAGGGCAAUGGAGUCGGCUCAACAACGCCAUGUUGAUUUUCGACGAAAACCACCCUCUCCUCCUUGAAUUCAUUGGAGAAUUCGCUCUAACUUUUAAUGGAAACAGGUGGGGUCACAAUGGUCCAUACUUGGUUUCGAGAGUGGCUUCGAGAGUUCAUGACAGGCCUGGUUUUAACUUCACUGUUCUUCCUCCCAUGGCCUUUUACCCUGUUGAUUGGAUUAAGAUUGGUGGGUUUUUUCAGAGGCCGAAGAAUCCAAGAUUUUCGAAAUGGGUUUCUGCAAAAUUGAGGCAACUUCAACAAGAGACUUAUGCAAUUCAUUUAUGGAACAGAGAGAGUAGGAAGCUAAGAAUUGAGAAGGGGAGCAUUUUGGGGCAUAUUAUCUCAAAAUGUUGUAUUUUUUGUAAGCAUGUAUAUGCAUCAUGAAGCUGUGAGAUUAGAGGGAAUGGCAGGUUUCUCUCUCUAGAUUUCUUUAUGUAAAA